CCUUAGAGGAAAAGCCACGAGUUGCUGUUGUGCUGCGGGAGAGAAAGGGAGAAAGAAAGCGUGCAACAGGGAGUGGGAGCCCCAAGUGAAGAGGAACCCCACAGAGUGAGGCCUGGACACCGGGACCACAGAAGUGCUGAGUGCCGCCCGAUUCUGGAUCCCACUCUGCUCAGCUCAGAACUUUGUCAGCGAGCAAGAACGAUGCCAGGAGGUCUGGAGAAAACGUGUCAUCAGUGCAUUUCUAAAAUAGCCAGCAAUGCCUGCUUCGUUUUUGUGCUCUGCGCUUUCCUGGCUCUACCGCUGUCCAUGGCCUUCAUAGGAAUGAAAUUUUUGGAGGACUGCCCUAUACAGCCCCUCAUACCUUUAUAUUUGCUAGUGGGUGGCAUCGUCGGCACCUUAAAGAACCUGCCGAGGGGGUCCCAACAUCCUUCCUGAAAUGCAUCAGAUAGCUUCACAGUAUUGCACUCUAUGGAGAGAAACUUGAAGAGAUGUGAGCUGACAUUUCAUGGAGCUACCAAAAAGAACUGAGGGUUAUGAAGAUCAGGAAAUGAAUUAAGUAGGCUGUGACCUGCUUUUUAAAAAAUAAAAUAGAAAAUUAGAGUGCCUAGUAAGUUAAGUAUUGUGUGACACUUACAUAUGGACAUGUGUGUUUGGGUGAGUUGAUUUAUCAUCCUAACUGGGACACUUUUGAGAGUACAAAGCAGCCCUAAUAAUCAUCCUGCCAGAACAACAGCAUAAACCAGGACUUCUCUAAGCCAACAAGGACAUGCAGUUGCCCAGUGCCUAGGACUUGGCAUAAAAUGUAUUUGUUACUGAGGGUCGUGUUAAAAGACAGUUUCCAAAACAUGGAUUCAGUGACCAUCACCUACCCUGCACUCCCCUCAUCUUCCCACAUCACCCUUCCUAGUGGCGAUUGCUACCCUGGUGAGCAUGUGCUUUUUGCUGAUGCCAUGCUGAUGACUCUGCCCUCAUUUGGAGCUCAUUCAGUCCUCGCCAUGCCCCUCUGAGGCAGGUACUUGCUUCAGGAAGGAUUCUUUGACUACUAGGAACAAACAAUCAGCUCUGGCUAACUUAAAAGGUCAUGGAUUGGAAGAGCUCACAACCUCAAAGGUUAGUGGGAGAGAAGGGGGCCAGGUGGCUCCAGAAAGUCUGGGCAGUGGGACCCACUUGCCACGGCUCUCUCCUGGGGCUGAUUCCUUUCUCCUGGCAUCACUGUAGCCGAGAACCAGUCCUGGGAGGGCAGCCAGAUCUAUGGGCACGUGGUGGGUGGGUGAAUUCCUCCAAGGAAUGAGGCCCUGCAAGGAAGGGAAAUGCAUCUGAGUGAUGGAGACUUGAGCUGGAUUCUCAGCUCCAGCUUACAGUAAGGCAACAGCAGAGCUAGUGUUCAACCUGGGCUUUCCCAACCACACAGCCACGGUCAGCCAACCUACUACCGUCAAUUGGUUUUUCCCCUACCCUAAACCCACCACCCUUCACCUUUGCCACACCACUCCCCCUCAGAGGAGGACCCUCGCACCUCUCCUUGUGCAUGGGGGUCCCAAGUAUGCCCCUUCUUCCAAGCAGCCCUCCCUGGAUGAGUCAGCUCUACUGUGGGUGGCUCUCUGAACUCCCCUAAGGUCUCACUUUCCUUUUCCUAUGGAGAUGUUCUGCCUCCCAGCCAGGCUGCAAGUCUUAGGAGUGAACCAUCCAAUUUAAUUUCCUCCGAUUUAAUCAUCAGUGUACUGUGGUGUAGACAGUGGUCAAAGAGGUGUGGAUCACUGCCUUUCUCGUUCUCUCACUCACUGUGGAUCUCACUGAAGCGACUUAACUUCUCUGAGCCUUAGUUUCCUCAUUUGGGCAACAAGGAUAAUAUGCAGCCCCAGGCGAGGAUGGACAUUAAAGAUCACACAUACCAAGCAUUGAACUAACCACCCUCCUUAGGUUUUGUAGCUUUACAUAAGUAAUAACUCUCCAUUGUGGAAAAUCAGAGAAUGCAGAUAAGCACAAAGAAAAAAUCAAAAUCAUUUGUAAAUUUCACCACCCAGAGAACAUCACUAUUGACAUUUGGCCCAAUGGCUCCAGUUUUGGUCCUGUGCCCAUGUUUAUUUAGUACCUCUUACCUCAGGCUGGGAGAAUUCAUUGAGAUAAUGUAUGUCAAGCAUUUUGCUCAGCACUGGGGUCUCUUUUUGUACAACACCCAUUCCCAGAGUCACUAUCACCUCCUCACAGGUAGCUCCCAGAUCUCCGCCAGGAGUCCUCACCUCUCUCUGUUCACCUCCAGGCUCUGACUCCGCCCCCUGUGGGCCACUAGCACCUGCAUUUCCAUCCAGAAUUUUAAAUAGAACAAGUCCAAACCGGGAGUCAUCACCCACCCAAAGGCAUGGCUUGGGGUUCGCUGUUCCCAUCUCUCUGUCUCUUUAUUUUAUCCUUGCUUCUCUUCACAGUUUGGAGCCCAGUUAGCUGCAUCUCUUGGCUCCUGCUUGCCCUUCCAUUUCACUCAAGCUCAGAAUCUCUCCCCGCCUCUGCCAGUCAGCUACAUCCUCCGUCAUCCAAGGAUUCUUUCUAAUGCCCUGCUCUCCAGGGUUAGGGGUGCCAUGAGCGUGGCCUCGGGAGAGGUAGGCAGCCUAGGAAGCCGGAGAGAGCAGAUACACAGGCCAGGCUUUCAAAAACAUCACAGAUCAAGUUGCUAGGCAGAGAAGACGGGGAGCUGCUAAGGGAUUCCUUAGCAAAGACCACCUGUGUCCUUCCACCGCUGCAUUUCCAGGGGAAGCGUGCUCCCCUGUGACAAAGGCAUCUGUGGCCAGUUAGAGUUGGGUGGGUUGUGGUGCUUUGUGUAACCAAGUGGGAGCAGAGUUUCAAAGGCGUGUCAGGCUGGAGUCAGGGAUCAUCUGCCAGGGGCCCAGAUGGUCUUUGUCCCCCAAGAGUAUCACUCCAAGGACAAGGGUCUGUGCUCUUGACUUGAAAGGUGUAUGAGGACAAGAGAGACAACACUCUCAGUCCACAGCCCCACUUGGGAAUUCCAGAUGCCUGAGAUGGGGAGUGGUGCGAACUUCCAAGAAGAGAGAAAGCAGGCUGGGCGGGGCUGGGGUGGGGAGGAAACGGCUCACAGUACCUGGAUUUGGCCAAGCCUGUUACAUGGCCUGGAAGUACCAGGGAAAAGUCUGCUGGGGGUUCCUCCCGAGAGAGGGAUCUAUUUCAAGGCCUCUAGCAUGCGGACCAGGUGUCGUUUUUACGUUAUGUGUGGGUGCAAAUGUGCUAGCACAAUACAGGGGAGAGUCAGUCUGAACCUUGAUGUGGAGACGAGUCACCCCAGCUAACCCCUUGUCCAAACCAACUCACACAUCUAAAAGGAAGACGCCACUGAGGAUGCUGGUGAUGAAUUUAUGCCUUCAUUCUUGCCAGUUUUAAUUCUCAUUCUUCAAAUUAAAUUUUGUGCUUGGUGGCAUUUCUAACUCAGUGUGUGUACUUUUCAUGACACCUUCCUCUCUCUCCUCUUUCUCUCUCCCCAACACCCCCGCCACCGCUACCUUCUAUCCCCUCUCUUCCCCUCUACUUUGCUGCUCUGCCCUGCCACCCGGCUCCCCACCACGCCCCAGGUGUCUCUCCUGUUGUACGACUCCACCAGGAUGAGGCGGCUGCUGUCCAAGGCCGUGGUGAUCGAUGAUGAUGAUGAUGACGAAUACCCCUGGAGGCAGAAUGCUCACAGAUACUACAUCCACCUCCUGCUGAGCCUCUUCCUCUUCCUCUGGUUCAUCCUGGGAAACUACUGGGUCUUUUCUGUGUACCUGCCUGAUUUUCUUCCCCCUUUCCAGCAGCCUCAGGACUACUGUAAUAAAACCCUGUACCUCUUUGCAGUUGGAGUCCUGGCACUCAGUCACACCGUGCUGGGCUUGCUCCUGCUGUGCAGCGGCUGUGUCUACCUGUGCUCCAGGUGGAGACUUCCUGCCGAUGAAGACUGAUAGCUGCCUUGUCCAGCAUACCAUGUAUGCAUGUGCACGCGUGCAUGCGCGCGCGCGCACACACACACACACACAGGUUCAGGAGAAGGGCAUAAAGGUAAUAAAAUCUUCCCUGAAGGCAUUUAAUAAGCCACCCAAACGCACUGAAUAUGAUAGUGGACUAAAGAAACUCUUGCCUUCCUAGACAUGGGGAAAUCACUUCUGCUCUUUUCAGAGUAGGAAUUUUGUUCUCACAAGAGUUUUCAAAGUGAUCAUUGUUUUUGAGGGGAUGAAGUGUGAGAGGCAAAGAAUGGGAGACCUUUUCAAAUCAUAGUGCAAUUUCAAUGACUGGUACAAGAACAAGGUUGGUUGUUGCUACUGCUGCUGUCAUUCAGUCAUGGUCACCUUGAAGUUAUAGAAAGUGCACAGACUUUCAAACAAGAUAUAUGUUAACUUCACGCACUACGAUGACUUUUGUUAUUAAAAGGAAAAAGAAAUUCUUUUAGUGACUCUAGCUGCCUUUCGGGAAAGUGAAGGUGCAGUCUCUUCCAGCCGUGUAUCAGAUGGGUUUGAUGUGAUGGGUGGAACAUCCCAAGGUCAGCUAUAAAAUCUGCCAAUGUCAAAGCAGUCACUUCCACCUAGGGGGCGGGCUGGCCUGCUAGCCAGGCAUUGCGGAGUGCAGCGCCGUGUGCACCGUGUGCCGCUGCUGCAGGUUCUUUGCUUGGCCUUGAGUCUGUCUCUGCCCCUGGCUAUUCGUGUGCCUCUCUAUGAUCUGCGGCUGGCUGGGUGGCAUAAACCAGUUUUGUAUGUUUCUGGACAGGUUGCAUGAGUUGGGUUGCCGUCAGUGUAGCUGUUUUUGGUUUCUGAGUUUAACUAUCAAAUAAUAGCUCCUCAACCUGAUGACCAGUUAGGCUUUGGAAGCCUUUUGUAAAUUGAGAUGUCUGGAAGUCCAGGAUGACACCAAACAGUGACCACUAACCUUCCCUCUGGCUGCCGCUGUCGAGAGAUGAAGUCCAGGUCUAUUGUCAGUGCUUGCUAGGGAGCCUCUUUAUGAGCAAAGUCUCACGCUUUAGAAUUUUGUAUGAAGAUGCUGUCUUGAGUGUUUCUAGGGCAAUGCCCAGGGGUGCGUGGCACCUGCUUAACUGUGCUUCUUUCAGCCACAUGCAUAGCCUUUCUAUAUAUUUACACACUGCUGAACUGUGUUUAUUUUUUAAUUUUUUUAUUUUUUUGUGCUUUCUCAUCAAACCAAUCCCUGAGUGGCCAUGAAUGGAGGCACCUCCCUUCAUCAGAAGUGUCAGCUCAAACCAAGAGGCUCAUUCUUCUCCGUGGCUUUAAGAGAAAGGCCCUAAUGAAAAUGCCCAUCUAAGACUGGCCCAAGACCUGGGCAGCCUUCCUCCAAUGGGAACCUGGCAAGGCAAUGGGAAGUGGACAUGGGAGCACCUGAACCUUCCAGAUGCUAUGAAACCUCAAGGGAACAAAUUAUGUGGCAGAGAGGGAUGAUCAGUUCUUCCCAUCUGAGAAAAGACUGCAGCAAAGAUCAACUAUAUGUUGAAGGUCAUUUUAUUUGCUACAUCGGGCAUCAUACUAAAAACCAUUCUUUGCCUGAAUCUGUAUAAAUGACAGUUGAAAGCAGUAAACGUGGGACCGCAUCACGGGAGUCAGCCACACCAGUGGUUCUCAAACCUUGGUGAACCCUCAGAGCUACCCAAGGACUUAUUUGCAAUGCAGAAUCACAGUCCCCAGAGACUGUGACUCGUGGGGCCUGGCUGGUUCUGAUUCAGUGACCGGAGAACCACCUGUGUGCACUUGGGCCACACAUACAGCCUGGACUGGCUUGUGUCAGGCCCAUCUUGGUUGUCACCAUGAGGACAAUAUAAUGUUUCCAGUACUUCGUAUUAUUUCCUUCUCUUUUAGUAUGAGAAGUGGCCGAGUGGUCAAUAGCUUUCAUUUUUGUGUAACUGAAUCUUGUGCUUCAUUUCCUUCUGGGCAUUUUUCAUUGUUGAUGAAAUAAACUUUGUUCAAUUUGU